AUGAUGGGUACCGUUGGCAAAUGUUCAGUUUGUCAACGUGGCCCGUUUAGACUCAAUCACCUCUAUCAUCAUCUACGUCGUGUACAUAGUUGGAAUGAAGAGCAGAUCGAUGAGGAAAGAGCUAAAUAUAGACAGAAAAGAUGUUUCGGUGUGUAUCAAUUCCAAUGUGAUCUUUGUCAGAACGUAUACCUCACUCAUAGAAGCUGGCAACGGCACCGAGAGCUCUUCCAUUUUACGGGCAAAGCUAUAGAACCACCGUAUGUGGUUUGCUCCGGAUGUCAACAAAAAUUCGAAAACAAUUCUGCACUUGCAAAACACUGGAACGUUGAGCACACCGAGCAAGAAUGUGCACCUGGUCCGAGCACUGCGGCAUGUCCUCCAAUAAUGAUAGCUUCUCUCAACAGUUCCCAGCGAAUUGAUGAAGUCAACGAUCGCAAGCCAACAGAAGUCACAAUUGAGAUAAAUCUUGCCGGAUCUGGAGAGACAUCCAAAGCAUCUAUGGAAGAUCGAAAUGACGAGGAGCACGACAUAAUGCAGGAAAAAAGAGAAACACGUGCAGAAAGGAAACGACGAGAGGAGCUGGAAUCGGCGAGGAUCGUAGAAGCGAUCAAGAAAGCGGAAUCCAUGAGGCUGGAACGAUUGUCGGAAGCUGGAACUGCAAAAGCACAACAGUUGAAGUCAUCCGCUGAGCAUAAGCGAGAAGAUGCCGGUAGUAUGAGCACUCCCCGAAAAGGAUGCCAGUUAAUUCCGCAUCCAACCUCACCGCAGCUCUAUUCAACAGUGGGCAAGGAGAUGCCAACAAUUAAAGAUCUGCUCGCAUGGAAGGAAACACAGACGUCUACUACCCAAAGCAAAAGGGCAAUAUGUUAUGCUAUUGUCGGAAUUAGCUCAGUUGCACUGCGAACCACAUUUAGAAACCUAAUGGAAAGAUUCGACUUCGAUGAUCUGGUAUUUGUGAAUAAUCCGGCAGUCGAACAACAGGUAACCGAUUAUAAACAUACUCAACCAGAGGAGUCCACAGUUUCAAUAGAACAGUUAUUAUCGAGUAUCGAUCACCGAGACCAAGCCCAAGAAUAUAAAGACAAUAAUGUCAUUAUUUCGGAGGAAAAUGCCGGCAGCAACAAACACUCUGGAGAUUCAAAACCGUCUACAUCCCAGCAGCCAACAACUGAAUGCAGUUCUAGUAAUCAUAAGGGCCAAGAACCACAAACCAUUUCCACCGGCACCAAAGAAUCUAGAGAACCCUCCGGUUUCAAGCACUCGGAGACACGAGCUACAAAUGGCGGGAUUCAUCUACAAGGAAUCCCUCUCCAGGCAAAAUCGCCUGGAUUUAAAAUUAUUCAAUUGAAAACGGUUCCAUCCGUGAAUGAGCCCGUGGAAUCGGUUCAAUCCGGGAACGAAAACAUCCAUCCAGCCCCAUUAGGAGUUGCCAGAAUCCGACAGAAUUCACCCAUAGACGAGGAAGCCCAGAAGCAUGUACCCAAAAAUGAAGAAACCCCGGCAGGCUCGGUUGUGCGUAUCAGUACUCCAGAGGUGUCGGGCAAAAACGAAAACUCGGGCUGGAAUUACUGCUGUUUGAUUUGUGGUAGAUCGCGUUCCGCACAAGAAGUUCGACAUUCUUCUAACAAACGCCAACAGAAUAUUGUUUUUCUUGCAUGUCUCCAAGUUUGGAACAUCAUCGACAUGGAAUCAGCAAAACAAAUCUACAGAGACCUGCAACAUUCUCGCAGACGCCUCUGCCACGACCAUUAUGUACAGGCAGCUGCCUACAUUGGAAAAGAAGUUGAAGACAUGUGGGGUAAAUUUCCGGAGCAUGGGAUCGAUGAAGUCCCUAGCAAUAUAAGAGAAGACCUGCUGGCGUAUGUUCAGGUCUAUGGAGAAUAUCUUGACGAAACAAUCACCUUGAGUUCCGAAGAUAUUGCACAAUUUUACUACGAGUGUCUGAAGAAAUACUAUAAGAAAAAAAGAUGGAGCGUGCAGGAAAUAGGGAAGGAAUCAAAAAAGAAGGGGAAUUCCAUGCGUACUGGGGAUCAGUUGAAUUUAAUGGAACCUAGUUCUUCAAAUGACUCUUCACUUGAUGGAGCUCCUACCAAAGUCAAGUCGGAGGAGAAUGCGCACGAUCUUUUAGUUUUGUCUGACAACGGAUCACUUCUGUUCAAUGAAACCAAGGACCAACUAAUGGACUCGAAAAUAAUCUCAGCAAUGGAUCUUAUGGAGCCAGAAGCUGCUCCACAGCCUCAGCAUCCACAGCCUCAGCCUCCACAGCCUCAGCCUCCACAACUAGAGUCGCUGAUUUUGGUUGGAACCGCUUCUGUAGAUGGUGAAGGAGCGUUGUCGGUCCACUUGGACGAUCCUGAAAAGCAUGAUGCCAGCGUUCUCGGACUUUCCUCGUCGAAUCCCACGAGAGUGUUCAGAGACAAUUCUUCUUGUUUGGAUACUGUUGACGACGAACAGUUCCGUAGUAGAUUCAGAAUGACAAGAAGAACUUUUGGGUCACUUUGCAAGGCACUCGAUCCACUGUUAAAAACAAAAAGCCAACGGACCGGGACUUGUUCGACUGGGAUCAAAGUGGGCAUGGCAUUGGAGAUCCUGGCUGGAAAUAAUUUCACAUUCACUGGUGGCAGUGUUAUGCAGACGAGCGCUUCGCAGAUUCUUGCUGAUGUACUAGAGACGCUACUUGAGUGGUCAGCUACAAUGAUUCAGUGGCCUGAUGAAAGGGAUUGCAAAAGGAUCGGAGACAGUUUCUUUGAGAUGACUGGUUUGACUGAUAUCGUUGGAUGUAUCGAUGGAACAAUUAUAAAUGGAUUCCAAAAUCUCAAUGUAGGGCUCGUGGCAGACGAUCAGAAACGUUUCAGAUGGGUGUUUGCAAAGUUUCAUUCUGAUACGGACGACGAUUCUGUGUUCAAACGCAGUUUACUCUGCAAACAGCUCAGAGAAGGUUUGAAGAAAGGACGUCUCAUUGGUGAUGAUGCGUACAAAAGCGAACUCUUCUUACUGGCACCAAAUCAAGAAAAUGAUGAGAUAGAAAUGGAAGAUGGUGUUUUGGCUAGUAUAUUACGUAAGGCGCACUCGCUUGUGGAAGAAGCAAUAGGUGACUGGAAAAGGCAAUUUCCAAUACUGAAGGCAGACAUUAGAUCCUCGAGGAUAGCACGAAUUAUUGUAAGCUGCGCAGCGUUAUAUAAUUUGACAAGGUUAGAAGGUGAACCACCAUUUCCUGAUGAAGAGGAGAACGGGUUCCUAUUUUCUAAAGCACAUCGCCUUUCAAUCUUGAUAAUUUUUGACUAUUUCACUGGCUUUAAUUAUUGA